AUGAAGCUCCUCAUGCCAGCUACACUCAUUCUGCUCCUCCUCUGCACCCCAGGCUCGGGGGUGCGUGAAUACACCUCUGUCCUGACCGUGCCAAAUGGAGGCCACUGGGGCAGGUGGGGCAGUCAACAGUUUUGUCGCUAUGGCUAUGCCAAAGGAUUUGCAUUGAAGGUGGAACCAGCCCAGUUUGGAAAAGAUGACACUGCUCUGAAUGGCAUACGCCUGCAUUGUCAAGAUGACUCGAUCAUUGAGUCCUUGGUAGGGAGGUGGGGUGCCUGGACCAGCUUCCAAGUUUGCCCUGGAGGAUACUUGAUCUCCUUCUCACUGAGAACAGAGCAGUCCCAAGGAGGAGGUGAUGACACAGCAGCCAACAAUAUUCAGUUCAGAUGCUCAGAUGAAACUGUGCUAAUAGGUGAUGGACUGUCGUGGGGUAGCUUUGGCCCAUGGAGCAAAAGCUGCAAGAUAUGUGGUCUCCAGACCAAAGUAGAGUCCCCACAGGGGCUUCAGGAUGACACAGCACUCAACAAUGUGAAGUUCUUCUGCUGUAAGUGA